CUUUUCACCGCAGCACCUCCACAGGCAGCAGAAGCCGAGCGGGGCAGAGACAACACGGAGCUGUGGAUGUGGCUUUAAUGGAGGAUCGAGCGACACCGUUAAACAGUGAAUAACAUCUCACUGCUCCUGUGCCGCCCAACACGGUUCGAUCCCCGCCUCGGUCCGGGGUUCUUUGUGUCGCCGGGCCGCAUGGAGUCCGAGCCGAGACGGUCGGCGAGGUGUUGUGCGGACAAGAGAGCAUCCAGCUAAUGCUAGCCGCUAGCCGCAGCCCAGCCACGGAUCGUACGGUGCGGAGCUGAGAGGAGGCUCGGUGCUGCUGCUGCUGCCGCCGCUACUGUGCUUCAGGACGGACACACAACCUUAACCAUGGGCCUCAUAUUCGCCAAACUGUGGAGCUUCUUCUGCAACCAAGAGCACAAAGUGAUAAUUGUUGGACUAGACAACGCAGGGAAAACCACUAUACUCUACCAAUUCCUGAUGAACGAGGUGGUCCACACGUCUCCCACCAUCGGAAGCAACGUGGAGGAAAUAGUGGUGAAGAACACCCACUUCCUGAUGUGGGACAUCGGAGGACAGGAGUCCCUCCGGUCCUCCUGGAACACCUACUACUCCAACACAGAGUUCAUCAUCCUGGUGGUGGACAGCACGGACAGAGAGAGGCUGGCCAUCUCUAAGGAGGAGCUCUACAGGAUGUUGGCUCAUGAGGACCUGCGGAAAGCGGCUGUGCUGAUAUUUGCCAACAAGCAGGAUAUGAAGGACUGCAUGUCUGCGGCGGAGAUCUCCAAAUACCUCAGCCUGAGCUCCAUCAAAGACCACCCCUGGCACAUACAGUCCUGCUGUGCACUCACAGGAGAGGGUUUAUGCCAAGGUCUGGAGUGGAUGACCUCCAGAGCCGGGCUCAGAUAGCCCCUCCCUCAACCAUGGACGGCCUCACUACCUGCACCACCCGGUGACACAGCUGGCAAAUAGUUACUUUUUAUUUUUUAAUGACAACUUUGGACUUUGACCUCUGCGGACCGCACAGUGUGGCAGUACUGACACGUCUGUUACAACGGAACUGACAAAACCAGAACCUAUGAACUGACCUGAUCGUGGCGCGAGAGCUGGUUUUUACGGUGAAGGAGGAGGAGACAGUCACUUCAGAUCGGAGGGUGUCCAGCACCGGACCCUUACACUACAUACAUAUCAUGUUACAUACACCAUCAACGUUACAGUGAGUGGAAAAUAUGAUGCAGCUCUUUUUUGUAAUUUUAUUUUCCUCCUAUAGAAGUUUGUUCAUGUUAAAUUUAACAGGACAAACAAAGGGAUUAGAAGCAGUAUUGUUAAACCACAUUUGGUGGUGGUGGUGGUGGCACCGAGUUUUGCACAGAGCUCAUCGGGUGUUUUACACUUUAGUGUCAUUAUUUUUUUGUUCUCUACAUCUGUUACAUUUAAUUUCAGUUUCAUAAGCUACACUGUUGGUGGUUACCCUCACACUCGAGCAUUCUGGUGUCGUGCUGAAGUACAAACUCCCUUUUUAUUCAUGUCGGGCCUUGUGUGUCAUGAAGCCAAAUCAAAGUGUCGGCAUGCGGCGUUUGUCCUCCAUCUAACCCGAGGGACAAACGGAAAUGACUUCAGCUGUUAAUUUAAAUGAGCAAAACAAUGAAAUGGCUGUAAUGUGAUUCCAAACGCAAGUACCAAGCUCUGUUUUAAUAACAGUAUUUUUAAAUUUUAACACUUAUCAGUGAUGUAUUAUGAUUUCUAUUUAAUUUUAUUCUUAGCUUUUAUAGCCUGCUCCGUUUUGUAUUAAUCAUUGGUGCUCCACUAGUGUGCGUGGCUGAUCCACUGCAUCCUAAUAUAAACAUUUAUUUUCUGCUGCCAUUUUGGCCUGUACUCCUCUUCAAGUGUUUUAUACUUUAUUAAAGGGAUCAGAAUCAGCCGCCAUCGAAAAGGUGCCACACAUUUUAAAGGAAGCUGUUACACUCACGUGGUUUGUAGCAUUAAGAUGAUCUGAAAUCAAUAUUUUGGCCAUCAUAGUUAUAUCUCAAUCCUCAGCCUUAACUAAGCUGUUGCAAGUGUGUGUGUGUAUGAAUCUGACAGCUGGUUUAUGAUUUUUCUUCUUUUCACAACCCAUGUUUAUCCUUUUUGAGGCGGUGUAAGAAUUCCUUGAACUUGCUAACAGAUCUAUGCACGUGUCACUUUGCAACCGAGUUCCACAGUGGCCAAAAAGAGAGGUGCAUUUGUUUGAACCAAAACAGAACUUGAAAAGAUCUUGGUCUGGAUAUGCUGCCGAGUGUACCACAGUAUCUUAGCAAUGGUCGUGAGACAAAGUAUUUUUAUACUAACAGGAAACGGGUGAACUGCGCAGCCCCCAGACUCUUUGCAGCAUUAAGGUUUACAGAAAUAAUUACCUUGAUCUCACAAAGCAAGGGAACUGAUCUUAUACUGUCAGUGUGGUGAUGUAAAGUCUGGGUCAUGUACUGUAUCUGUUUUGUUUUCAUUAAAAGUUUGUUUCGAA